AUGGUCCUCACAGGGGUCAAACUUGCUGAAGAUAUAAACUAUUGGAUCAGGUACAUCGACUGCGCACUCAGCCAUCCACUACCGCUUCCAAAGAACAAGCACGUAUUCCAUAGUGACCAGAGGCUGGCACCAGAGAUUCGCGACUUGUACGACUGCUUAUACAAACUUUAUGCAGAGGAGAGCGCCUCGGAAUAUUUCAGGGAACCUGUCGAUGCACUGAGGGUGGGGGCGUGGAACUAUUACAGUGUCAUCACGGAACCAAUGUCGCUGCGCACGGUGCUUGACUACAUUGUCCAGGGCGGGCGCUACUCUCAAGUCGAACAAAUAAUGAAUGACGUCGAACUGAUUUGGAAAAACUGUGAGAGGUAUAACGGGGCCGAAUCGCAUCUUGCCGCCGACGCACGCAGGUGUAGGGCGAUACUUGAGAAGCACCGGGAACGGCUUGCUGACGAGCAAACUGCACCCGCUGCAGAGGUGGAUGAGCUGAUUGAAGCGUUGGAAUCGAUGGAUGACUCUGUCCUUAAGGCAGUGGAGGCGUACUUCCUCCGCGAAGACCCAACACUCAUCCUUAGCAGCGGAGAUGUGGAUAUUCCAUCACUGCGAGUGAAGCACCUGAGAGCAAUGAAGGAGAUUGUUCAGCGGGCGGCAAACGGGCAGUUGGAGUGA